GCAUUAUAACACAGUGGGCAAUGUACGAGUUGUUCAAGGUUGCCGGCGCCGGCGCUGCAAGAAGAUAACACUUGGUGUUGUUGUUAGUUUGUUGCCGGUUGAUAUACUAAACGCGCGCGUUCUGUGUGGUAACCAAGAUGGCCAUAGACCUGUACUACACGCCGGGGUCUGCGCCCUGUCGACUAGUAUUACUAGUGGCAGCAGCUCUUAACGUGCCGCUCAACCAUCAUCUAGUGGACCUGCGUGCCGGAGAACAGUUCAAGCCGGAAUUCUUGAAGCUCAACCCUCAGCACACAGUACCAACGAUAGUAGAUGAAGGCUUCUCUCUGUGGGAGUCUCGAGCUAUCAGCAGAUAUCUGGUCAACAAGUACGGUGGGGACAGCAACCUGUACCCAUCAGAUCCUCAAGCCAGGGCGCUGGUGGAUCAGCGACUCGACUUCGAUAUUGGAACUCUUUAUCCGAGAUUCUCGCAGUACUUUUAUCCUCAACUAUUCGGCGGUAAAGCCGAUCCAGCCUUGUUAAAGAAGCUGGAAGAAGGGCUGGUGUUCCUUAACACGUUCCUGGCCGACCACAAGUAUGCUGCCGGCUCAGCACUGACCCUCGCCGACCUGAGUCUCGUCGCCUCUGUAUCGACUUUCGAAGCUGCUGGCAUCGACCUGCAACCAUAUCCUAACGUUUUGAAGUGGUUCGACCUGGUCAAAGCCACAGCACCGAAGUACAAGGAGGCGAAUGAAGAAGGCAUCAAACAGUUUAAGGAAUUCAUAGCCAACUUGAAAGCUAAGACUGAACUUUAGUUUCUGCAAUUUAAGAUUUUUGUAUCUACUUUUCUAAGAGUCUAAGUGUUUUUUUUUUAUAUUUUUAAAUAAAUGAAUCGGUAAAUAUAAUGGAUACAAAAAA